AUGAGAAAGCUUCAAUGGGGUUUUUUGGUUAUGCUCCUUUUGAACUUGGAGACUCUAUCUAUCGCUUGUCCAACAUGUGAACCACCAUCUCCACCUACUAAACCACCAUAUCUCCCACCAAUUAUGGUCAAACCACAACCAUCACCUCCAAAAUUCACCCCACCAGUGUAUAAACCACCGCCACAAUCAUCUCCACCCUCCUUUCCAAAACCACCAACCACCAGUCCUGCUCCUCCAACUAUCAAACCACCUUAUUCCCCUAAACCACCAUUUAUACAUCCACCCACCGUUAAACCACCAACCACCACACCUAGUCCGACUCCACCAACAACUAAGCCACCCUCCGUACAUCCACCCAUCGUUAAACCACCUUAUUUCCCAAAGCCACCAUCCGUACACCCACCCGUCGUUAAACCACCUUAUUUCCCAAAGCCACCAUUCUUACAUCCACCCGUGGUUAAACCACCUUAUUUCCCAAAGCCACCAUCCGUACAUCCACCCGUGGUUAAACCACCUUAUUUCCCAAAGCCACCAUUCGGUCAUCCACCCAUUGUUAAACCACCUUAUUUCCCAAAGCCACCAUUCGUACAUCCACCCAUCGUCAAACCACCAUUUAUACAUCCACCCAUUGACAACCCACCAUUGGUACGUCCGCCAUUUGUACAUCCGCCAAUAGUAAAACCACCAUUUGUACAUCCACCUUUUUGGCCAAAACCACCUCUUUUGUUUCCACCGGUAGAAAUACCACCAAAAAUAUAUCCACCUAGUCAUCCUAUGCCACCGGUAAUUUUGCCACCAAUUUAUCCACAUUAUGCGUCACCACCGCCGCCGCCGCCACCACCACCACCACCACGUGUCACAAAACCACCACCUACUCCAGUAAUUUUUCCACCACCAACUGCUAAAAGACCACCUCAUCCACCAAUAGUGCAUCCUCCUCCAUCACCAGUUGUAAAGCCAUGCCCACCACCACCACCACCUCCAAUACCAUGCCCACCACCCCCACCGCCGUCAGUGCCAUGCCCGCCACCAUUGAAAUCGGUGCAAGAAAAAUCUUGA